UUUUUUUAAUUAAAUGGACCAAGUGAAUAUCUUUUCUUUUUCAUAAAAACUUUCAUUAAAUAGUUAAAAUGGGAACAAAUUUCUCAAGUUUAAAACAGUCCCAGUCAUCAAAACCUUCAAUUGUUUUUGAACAUAAUUUUUCUUUAAAUACAAGUAUAGCAACUAGUUUAUCACCUGAAUGUCUACAAAUAAUCUUUGAAUAUCUUGAAAAAGAGUCAUUUUAUUCGUGUCUUUUAGUCAAUCGAAGUUGGAGUAAAGUUUUAAUUCGUGUCUUGAUCGAAAGUCAAAACAAUAUCUUUAUAAUAAUGGGGUUAUAUUACCGAACAAUCUUUUAUCUUCACCUUCAUUAAUAUUUGAUUAUCCAUCAUUCUUGAAAGAAUUAAAAUUUUCGGAUUUAUAUAAUGGAGUUUCUUAUUGGUUUUCUAAUAUUAUAGGAAAUCUUACAGAUGAACAACAAACAUCAUUUCUGAAAAUUUUAAUUACAGAACAAUUACUUAAAUUAUUCAUGAAUCAAUGUUCUACAUUUGAAUUACUCUCAUUAUCAGAUAUACCUUAUGAAACAACCAUGCCAUUAUUACCAUUUUUAACAGGUAAUGAUACAUGUUUUUCUCGUUUAAAAAUAUUUCAAUGUGUUAGUAAACAUAAAAAUAAAAGUGAUAUUUUUAGAGCAAUAUCUCAAGUAUCAGAAUUUAUUGAAAUAUUAGAAGUUGGAGGGGUUGAUCAUGAU